UCGUUUGCGGCGUUGCGGGGUGUGAGCUGGAGGAAGCUAGCUGACGACGAGGCGUGCGUACGAGCUGAUCCCUCCGUGGAACACCUCGUGCAGAUUCGAUCCGCUGUUGCCAGGAGCUGUUUCAGGACCAGAACCCAGUUUGGGAGAAUGGGGAACUGGUUCAUGAAGUCCACGAUGACUACCCCCUCCAUCCCGGACCCCCGAUUGAAGCACCUUGACCUCCGUCUGUACUUGUUUGUCCGUAACUUUAUGACGGGAACCGUCGUCUUGUCGAUGGGGUUAAUGGUGUCUUUUGACGGCAAUGUCGGCUUUCCUUUCCUUGAGCUCUCUCUUCGAGGGUGAAAAUGGGCGUCUUGUCCCAGUGGUCUAUGACUACGAGGUCUAUGUCACUAGUCGGUAGAAAGAGGCCCGUAAACAUGCGGACAUCACCCUUAGAGGAGAAGGUAGGUGUUAACCUAAAUUUGUUUAUUUGUACUUGUGUCAGUACAUUAGUAUUGUAGAAAUUUGUCACAUGUGUUAGGUGUGUGUGUCUUACCACAUGUGCCAUGUUAUAGUGUGUGGCACUGUUGGUAGGACGAAGGUAAGAGCAUAGUGUAUUCCUUUAUACUCCCUCCUCCUCUCCCUUCUCUCUCUUCUUUCUUUCUUCUCUCUCUCUCUCUCUCACACACCACACACACACACACACUCCCCACAGAUCCUACUGAUGGUGAAGACUGGAAACCAAUAUCUGAUGGGUUCUCCUACGGAACUGAUCUCGUGAAAUUCAUCAGAGAACUUUAUGGAGACUAUUUCACCAUCUGUGUGGCAGAAAUUUAGCUGUUUGAGUCUGCACAAUCUGACAAAGCUAUCGAAACUGGAGGUUCCUCGAAACAUCAUGGACGCCAUCUUACCCAUCAAAGAUGACGACGCCGCGAUCCAAAAGUUUGGCAUCAGUUUUGCCGUCAACAUGUGCAAAGAGCUACUCAACUCUGGACUGGUGAAUGGUCUACAUUUCUAUACUCUGAAUCGAGAGGUCGCCACUAUUUCAAUCCUUACUGAACUAGGUAUGUGGUGUGAUGACCCGCUGUCACUGAAGACGUUGCCAUGGAAAGCUCCAGCCAGUCACAAGAGGUGUACCGAAGACGUCAGACCAAUCUUCUGGGCCCAGAGACCCAAGAGCUACAUACACAGGCAUAUCUGGAGUUCUUCUGUAGUCCGUCGUUCAUGAGAGCGCUAAUGACGGUCCUGGUGGACUAUCCUCAAGUCAACUACCACAUUGUCAACAGACAGGGAACGGAAAACAUGACAAACUGCGACUCCUACCAGCCAAUAGCGGUCACCUGGGGGGUUUUCCCUGGCAUGGAGAUCAUACAACCCACGGUCGUCGACCCUGUCAGCUUCCAUAUUUGGAAGGACGAGGCCUUCAUGUUGUGGGGGACCCACUGGGCCAGUCUCUACAGCCCCGAGUCCACCUCCCACCACAUCAUCUCUCACAUCCAGAACACCUACUACCUCCCUCGUCAACCUCGUCGAUAAUGACUUUGUCACUGGAAACGUCCUCUUUCAGCUGGUGAACAAGGUACUGGACGGUAUGAGCAAAGCCAGUAGUCCCACAACUGAGACUGACCAAAACUCUCUCCCCUCCUCCUCCUCCUCUUCAUGAUUUCCUAUUGUCUAGAAUUUUUACUGCGCGUGCGCACAUGGUUUACAAAUCUUCUUCUUCUUCUUCUUUGUAACCUCCACUGAAGGAGAGUAGCCUAUGGGGUAGGCAAUUAUAUGAGGGCGAGUAGUUGACGGUGAUGCUCGGAGUGUAGACGAUGUAGAAACACAACGAUCUCUCUCUGAAGUGGCGGAUCCUCGAUCCAGCGAAUUCCCAGGAUGUGUUCCGCAAAACCGUUCGGGUCUGAGUCUAAUAACGGCACGUGAUUUUAGCAGCCACGCCCUGUGCUCAUUUCUUGGGUCUGGGUUUUGUUCUCCAACGCAGUUUCUAGGCCCGCUUUCGAUCGACGAGGUCGACCACCACUGACGACACAGUAGUACAGCCGGCCAGAAGAAGGUCACGUGACUCAGAGAUGGCUACUGGUGGCGGGGACCAAGUCUGGACGUGGAAGAAACCACUCCCUCCAAGUAAAGCCGCACUCAGGAAGGUCUUUGAGAACACCAGUAACCUCAGUUACCUCUGCAGCUGGCUCUUCAUCCCUGAUGAUAAGAGAGAUGUUGACAGUGCAGUAGAGUACUAUGUACAGAGUACAGAUCCAAUGAAAAUGAGAAAGAUGAUAUUCAUGCUGGA